GGCGUUUAUCUGACAGCAGUGAUGGGCAUUACAUCCGUAUCCAUAAUAAUGACAGUAAUUGUAUUGAACUUCCACUAUAGGGGUCCCAUUAAAAAGGAAAUGCCCGACUGGCUCAAGAGAUUAAUAUUAAACAAGCAAAUUUAUAAUCAAUACUACAAAAACAAUCAAAACUCACACAUUAAGGGACAAAAUCAGUCUUCGAGCACAUGGAAUACCACGUCAUCCUCCUGUCCCUACAGUUCCCAUCUUUACAACACGUACAGCACCUAUAAUUCGGCCAAACAUUCCUCACAAUCAUCGCAACUAAGGCCUCAACUCAUUAGGACAGCGACCGAUGCCCUCCUCAGAGAGAUUGUCAACGAAAGGCCCGUCUCUUAUGUGGACGACCACCACAUCGACACCACUCUCGACUGUGAAGUCAACCCAACACUCCAUACCAUUGGCCACAGACUUAUGUGUGAUAACAUUGCAAACAAUUUAAGUAAUAGUAGCAACAGUGCUAACAUUGGUAACCAACAUAUUAUAAGGGGUAUGAAAUCAAAGGUGAGGCGUCCCACACGUCCCACACGUCCCACACAAGCCACAGACCACACAAAAGCCAAUACCACUGAAACUAGUCCAGAGAUGGCCAACCAAUCAUCGUAUGAAGAGUUGACACAAAUUCUCAAUUAUUUGUUGUGGAGACAAGAGAUCGAAGACAAUUACAACCGAAUGGUUCACGAGUGGAGACUAUUAGCUCUGGUCAUCGAUAAAGUCUUGUUUUGGGUUUUCUUCGUCAUUACCCUCUUGUCUUCGCUUUCAUUCCUCGUUAUUAUACCCAUUCAGAGAAGAGGCUUUCCCUUC